CAGCUGCUUUCUGGAGCUCCUGGCCUCCUUCACAGCAGCCCCCGGCGCCCCACGCCGCCGUUAUCCUGCGCCCUCUGCAGCAGCCCCCCGCCCGGAACCAGCGCUCCAUCGCAGCCCCCUGCCAAUCCCAGCAGCAUGGUUGCCACCGCUCUGCCCCCCCAGAUGACCUCCGUGUCUGGCCGUGGGCUCGGCCUGGCCCUCGGCGCAAAGCCUGUGGCCGGCGGCCUGGUGCGGGCCCCCAGGCUGCAUGCAGCCACCUCCCAGCGCUGCGCCCGCCGGAUCAGCUGCCAGGCGGCUCGGGACAACACCAGGACCAGCGCCGCCGCCGUGGAGGCCACCCUGACCAUGGCUCCUGAGGACGGCUCCGCCGUGGGCGAGAUCAUGGUGCCGGAGUGGGCAGGGAUGAGCUACGAUGCACAAUACGACGACAUCUUCUCCAAGCCCCUCAACCUGCGCAAGGUCACCCCCAAGCCCGACCCCUCCGCGCAGGCGCAGGUGCCCGGAGCGCGCAAGGUCCCCUUCAGCGACGUCUACGGCAAGCCGCGCAAGAGGCUGUUCUGGGACCGACAGUUUACCACCAAGGACAAGGUGUACCUCGGCUACAUGGCGUUUGUGCACGUGGGCGCCCUGCUGGCGCCCUUCUACUUCUCCUGGGCCCACGUGGCCGAGUUUGCGCUCAUGUACUUCAUCACCGGCUGCCUGGGCAUCACGCUGUCCUACCACCGCCAGCUCACCCACCGCUCCUUCACCACCCCCAAGUGGCUGGAGCGCGUGUUUGCCUACUGCGGAGUCAUGUCGGUGCAGGGAGACCCGCUUGAGUGGGUGUCGUGCCACCGCUACCACCACCUGCACUGCGAGACGCCGCUCGACCCCCACUCUGUGUACGAGGGCUUCUGGUGGAGCCACAUGGGCUGGCUGCUGGACGACGACGCCACGCAGAGCCGCGUGUUUGACACCUCCAACGCAGCGGACAUCGCCAAGGACCCCUUCUACGCGCACCUGCACAAGCACUACACGUGGCACGUGGUGGGCAUGUUUGUGGCCAUCUACCUGCUGGGAGGCUGGGGCAGCCUGCUGUGGGCGGGCUGCCUGCGCACCGUCUGGGUCUACCACAUCACCUGGUUUGUCAACUCCGCGGCCCACGUGUGGGGCACCCAGACGUAUGAGACGGGCGACCAGUCUCGCAACAACUGGUGGGUGGGCCUGCUGGGCUUUGGCGAGGGCUGGCACAACAACCACCACGCCUUUGAGUUCUCGGCGCGGCACGGGCUGGAGGACUCUCAGUGGGACAUGACCUGGCAGGUCAUUCGGUUCCUGGACUUCCUGGGCCUGGCAGACAACAUCAAGCUGCCCAGCGAGAAGCAGAAGGAGCGGCUGCGCCUGGAGGACACCGUCGUCGUCUGA